ACCAUUUCCUGGAGCAAUGUCACAGGGUGGCUCCAUUUUCCAUUUGAGCUCAAAUAUUUUGCUGCUUCAUCUGCAGCUGCCAGACCUGCUCUUGCUGGGGCUCAGGUAGAGCAUCUGGGAGGUCCCUUGCUGACCACUGGAAGAAGAUGAGCUCGAGCUAUUGGAGUGAGACGAGCAGCAGCAGCUGUGGAACCCAGCAGCUUCCAGAGGUGCUGCAGUGCCAGCCCCAGCAUUACCACUGCUACCAUCAGUCAAGCCAAGUCCAUCAGCUUCCAGAAAAAAAUGUAGUGUAUGAGCGAGUGAGGACCUACAGUGGGCCCAUGAACAAGGUGGUGCAGGCCUUGGACCCCUUCAACUCCCGGGAAGUGCUCUCCCCUCUCAAAACCACCUCCUCCUACCAAAAUUUGGUUUGGAGUGACCAUUCUCAGGAACUCCAUUCUCCAACUUUAAAAAUAUCUACAUGUGGCCCAAGUACUCUACAUAUAACCCAAAAUACUGAACAGGAACUUCAUUCUCCAACAGUGAAAGUUACUACAUAUCCACAGACCACUAUUAGGAAAUAUGUAGUACAAAAUCCUGAACAGGAACCACUGUCUCAAUUCCUAAGAGGAAGCCAUUUCUUCCCAGGAAACAACGUUAUUUAUGAAAAAACAAUAAGAAAAGUGGAGAAGCUAAAUACUGACCAGGAGUGCCAUCCUCAGGCUCAAUGCCAUCAUCACAUUGUCCAACAGCCCCAGGUCAUCCACUCUGCACACUGGCAACAACCUGAUUCUAGCCAGCAAAUCCAAGCCAUCACAGGAAAUGAUCCAAUUUCUACACAUACUGGAAAUGAACUGUGCCAUAGUGGAUCAAGCCAGAUUUGUGAGCAGGUGAUAAUUCAGGACGAUGGCCCUGAAAAAUUGGACCCCAGAUAUUUUGGAGAGUUGCUUGCUGAUCUGAGUCGAAAGAAUACGGAUCUAUAUCACUGCUUAUUAGAACAUUUGCAGAGAAUUGGAGGAAGCAAACAAGACUUUGAGUCUACAGAUGAGUCGGAAGACAUUGAAUCAUUGAUUCCUAAAGGAUUAUCAGAGUUUACAAAACAGCAAAUUCGCUACAUUCUGCAGAUGAGGGGUAUGUCUGAUAAGUCACUCCGACUAGUGCUGUCCACAUUUAGCAACAUACGGGAGGAGCUUGGACAUCUUCAAAAUGACUUGACAUCACUGGAAAAUGACAAGAUGAGACUUGAGAAAGAUUUAUCAUUCAAAGAAACUCAAAUAAAAGAGUAUGAAGAACUCUUGGCAUCAGUGAGAGCAAAUAAUCACCAGCAGAAGCAAGGACUUCAAGACUCAAGUUCAAAAUGCCAGGCACUGGAAGAAAACAAUCUCUCUCUUCGACAUACACUAUCAGACAUGGAAUACAGACUAAAAGAACUGGAAUAUUGUAAACGUAAUUUAGAGCAAGAGAAUCAAAACCUUAGAAUGCAGGUUUCUGAGACUUGCACAGGCCCAAUGCUGCAGGCUAAAAUGGAUGAGAUUGGCAACCAUUACACGGAGAUGGUAAAAAACUUGAGAAUGGAGAAAGACAGAGAGAUCUGCAGGCUGAGGUCCCAAUUAACCCAGUACCAUAAAGAUGUUUCAAAGAGGGAUGGAAGUUGUAGUGACUUCCAAUUUAAGCUUCAUGAACUGACAAGCUUGCUGGAAGAGAAGGAUUCCCUUAUAAAGCGUCAGUCAGAGGAACUCUCAAAGUUGCGGCAAGAAAUAUAUUCCUCUCAUAACCAACCCUCCACUGGUGGAAGGACUACUAUAACCACUAAAAAGUACAGGACACAAUAUCCAAUCCUAGGCCUCCUGUAUGAUGACUACGAAUAUAUACCACCGGGUAGUGAAACACAGACUAUUGUGAUUGAGAAAACAGAAGACAAAUACACUUGUCCAUGAAUGGAUCCACUUCAAAGUAUUACAACUCAAAGGCGUUUUUGUUUUGUGUGUGUGUGAGUGUCUGCAUUAGUACUUUGUUAUUUUUCCAUCACUAAAGGCCAAUCAGAAUUUGGAACCAUGCUGCUAACCCAAGAAAUCUAAUGGAAUGAAUUAGUUCUGUAGAUCACAGCUUCUUCAGCCAUUUAUGAGACCUAAAUCUUUUCUGUAACGCUCAUGUAUUCAGUAUAACAACAUACUAAUUGAAAGAGGGACCUGCUUGUUUAAAGUUUGAUUGCAGACACCGUAGAAGAUAGCUCAUUAUUUUUCAGAUAGGGUGCCUCCUAGAUAUUGAACUAAUUUGUUGGGGUAGAGAUUUUACAAGUUAUGCCAUUAGAAGAUUUUCUCUGAUAUUAUAUGUGCAGUUCAGUCACAAGAUGAAAUCAUGGGUUUUUUUUUUAACAGAAAAAGAUAAAAUACAAUUGAAGCAAAAAUAAUAGCUAGUAUAGAAUACAUAUCUACUUUGCUUUUCACAUUUGCUUUUCACACUAGGCCUUAUGACUAAAAGAUAUGCUUUAUUCAUACUAUUUUCACCUGUUGGAGAGAUAGCUAAGUCAAAGGUGAUGAUUAAUUUCAUUUAGUAGGGAAGUGGAAUAAUAUCUUUUGAAAUAACUAAGUCCACUAAAUUAUACAGUAUGCUAUUCUGGUUCUAAGUACAUAUUAGUCCCUUGGCAAAUCUGUUCUUUUAAAGCAUACCUUCCCCAAAUGAACCUACCUCUUAAAAAACAUAUAACACAAUGUGGUAGUAGUAGGUGGAAGGAAGGUAAGUUUUUUCAUAGUGGUAUGCAAACAUGUCAUUGAAAUAUUACAUAGAUAUAAAGACUUAGGGAAUAAAAAUAGCAACAGCAAAUACUUGACAGAUUUAUCCUACUUGGGAGAAAUAUUUUGUAGCAGAGUAUUUAGUAUGCUUAGAAGUUGAUUUAGCAAUUGGGCUUUAGUGACCUUACAAAGUGAACAUAAGUGAACACAAGUAUUUUUUCAAUGCAAGAUGAGUAUGAAAAUUUUAAAUUUCAACCCAUCUGGCUAAAGUUAAGACUUAGCAAAAAUUAAAAUGUUGCCUUUGUCCAAGUACAGAUUAAGGCAACAAACAUAUUUGGGUAUAUAAUUUGAAGUUUUGAACUGAAAUAUCUUUGCAAGUAUCCACAUAAAAUUCUGCAAUGCCUUAUAAUUAUAUUAUAAUAAUUAUGCAUUAUACUAAGAAACCAUUAAGAACAGUUGAGGCACUACACUAUAUCAAACCAUAAAUGAGGAAAAAACUUUUAAUGUUCUUUUCUAGAAGUAUUCAAAUAGGUCUUGAUAUGAAGCUAAAAGCCUCAUUUAUAUUAUCUUAAUAUUUUGGCUAAAAUGUUAAGCUCCAUAACAUGAAUUGAUACAAUUCCAGUUUUAUCAAUAUUUUGUGAUAGAAAAAUGUUAAUAUUCUUCAUGAGCUAUACAGUCCUUACAUUUUUUUUUCCCUUGGUGUAGGAACAACAGAGGAGUUUCUCCUCUGCCAAUAAUUCAUAUAUGUAACUGUAAAAGAAGUGUUCUAUGUUAUGCACACAUUACAAAUAAUAUAAGGGGAAGUUUCAUUAGCUUAAUAGGAAACUGUUAUUAUUAAGGUUUAAAAAUGAGAACAGGUGUGAGUUUUCCAAAAUACUUAAAAAAAAACAGUGUCCAAAAUUCGGGGGCAGUUAAGGAGUCAUGGAUGGAACUAGAGGUCACUAUGUUAAGUGACAUAAGCCAGAAACAGAAAGACAAACAUUGCAUGUUCUCAAUUAUUUGUCGGAUCUAAAAGUCAAAACAGUUGAACUCAUGGAUAUAGAGAGUAGAAGGAUGGUUACCGGAAGCUGGGAAAAGGGGUGUGCGAGGGGAACUGGGGAUGCUUAAUGUGUACAAAAACUAUAUGGUUAGAAAGUAUGAAUAAGACCUAGUAUUUGAUAGCACAACAGGGUGAGUAUAGUCAAUAAUAGCUUAAUUGUACAUUUUAAAAUAACUAAGAGUACAAUUGGAUUGUUUGUAACACCAAUAAAUACUUAAGUGGAUGGAUACCCAAUUCUCCAUGAUGUGAUUAUUUCACAUUGCAUGCCUGUAUCAAAAUAUCUCAUGUACCUCAUAAAUAUGUACACCUAUUAUAUAUCCACAAAGAUUUUAAAAAGUAAGAAGUCAGCACUUUAUUGGCUCACUUGAUCCAUGGAUAGUGAAUUGGGGUCAUAACAACAUCCUUAUCAUACUUAACAGUUUUUUCAAUUGUAAUACAAAAUGUGAUGAUAUAAAGAGCUGUUCUAUAUAUUUAAAUGACAAAUAUAUAUCUUUUCCAAUUUGUGAUUAAGAUCAAUAGAGCUAGUAGUGAUAAAUUUCCCUCUCAUAAGUUUCACACUGCUUAUCUCUGAAAAUUUCAAAGUUGUCAGGUGAGGAGUGCCUAUUUAUCUAAUUUAUAUUCCAGUAUGUUUUCACUUUAGAUUUGUCACAUAAAAUGGAGACUGCGCAAUGACAUGCAAAGUAAUCUGUUUAUGUGUCUAAAUAAAAUAUGUGAAGUAUU